GUAAAGGUGAGGUGUGCCAAUCAAAUCCAGCACAUGCAAACAAAGAGUAUAUAGUCAGCAAUCAACAACUAGCUAGCUAUAGCCACCAAACAAAUCAAAUCAAUAUCAUGAAUUUCAACAAAUUCUUCUCCUAACUUCACACAUCACACACUUAUCUCUUUUCCCUUCUUUCAUACUAUUAAUAUCACACCUUUUUUUCCCUCCUUCAUUCUCUCUUUCCUUCUCAAAUAAUCACAAGGAAUUCAUUUCUAGUUUCAGUUCUUAGCCAUGGGUGGUGAUCACAAAGAAAAGACCACUAUAAUGGUGCUAAAGGUUGAUCUUCAGUGUCCCUGCUGCUUCAAGAAGGCCAAGAAAAUUCUCUGCAAAAUGCCUCAGGUUCGAGAUCAGAAGUAUGAUGAGAAGGCCAAUACUAUCACCAUCCUUGUAGUCUGUUGUAGUCCUGAAAGGAUUCGCGACAAAUUAUGUUGUAAAGGAGGAAAAGCAAUCAAGAGCAUUGAGAUCAAAGAGCCCGCAAAGCCCAAGGAGCCCGAAAAACCCAAAGGGGGUGAUAAGCCCAAAGAGCCCGAGAAGUCCAAAGAACCAGAGAAGAAACCUAAGGUUGUCACUUUUGAAACGCCCAAGGAAAAAGCAAAGGAGCCCGAAAAGCCCAAAGACAAAACGAAAGAUUCUGAUAAGCCCAAAGGACAAGAAAAACCCACUGUAAUCGAUAAGCCCAAGGACAAACCAAAAGAUCCGGAAAAGCCCAAGGACGGUCCUACAUCUGCAGCAAUGGUGGCAACCCCAUGGAUAUCUGAACCAAUGAUGAUGAUGCCACCAGUUCACGGAUACCCGCAGGCAAUGCCUGGUUGUGGCUGUGGGCAAUGCCAUUAUACCGGUGGCCCGUGUUAUCAGUAUUACGGAACACCUGUACCCCCACAGCCUGCUCCAUACUACGGUAACUACUCGUAUGGAUAUGGGCCCGGCCCGGCCCCAUCUAGCUAUGGAAAGGGUUAUUAUGGGAACAAUGAUUACUAUAAUGAAGAAAAUGGUCAAGGAUGCACAAUUAUGUAAUGUGACUCAAAUCAUUGUGGGAUACUUAAAUGGGCCUACUUAGUACUUCUUUAUUGGGCUUAUAAAAGAGCCCAGAACAAAGUUUUGGGCUCCAUAUGGAUGUCUAUUUUCUAUAUUAUUACUCUGUAUUCAUUAAUAAUAGUACCAAAUUCGAUGUAUACAAGGUAUAUAGUUUUAUUUUAAUGAUAAAAAGUGCAUAAAGAAUAAUAAGUAGGUGACCAGAUGGAUGGUGAACUGUCUUAUUAUAUAGUAGUAAUUGAUUAUACAAUUUGAUUAAAGAAAAGCACUUCAUUA